AUGCUGGCACCCUUCCUAUACUCGCUCGCUCUCAUCAGCCCCAUCCUCCCUGCAGCCUGUCUUGAGAAACACGCGAAGCCUCGGGGUCCACCCCAGAUCAGCGUCCACUCUGUGAGAGAGAAACCGACCGGUUUAUCUACCGCGUGGCUGUCCAUCCAAGAUGUGCCUGCCGACUCGCAUCAUCUUUUUUUCAAUGAGAAGGGUCCUGGCAGCUUCCAGCUCAUCGUCACGGAUGCUAACGGCUAUGGCGAGAUCGCCACCGGCGGGUAUUCCGGCCCCGACGAAAAGUGGAGGGAUGGACGAGCAGAGUUUCAACUCCACUGUACAUGCUAUAUGACGGGUGAACGAAUGGACAAGGGCGUUGAAUCUGUAUGGGAUCUUGCGGUGCGGAACGAAGGAGAGAUGGCGGACUGUCAAUUCACCAUCAACGGAACUACGCUUGUCUGCGAUCAGACUUCGCUUCAGGCGCCGCUCAAGCUCAGAUGUGCUACAGCGUGA